AUGGCGCCGCCGACAAAGCUGCAGCGCGCGCAGCAGUCUGCCAAGAAGCAGCCGCUGACGUUGGCGCAAUUGGCUUCCUACGACGACAUCUUGACCGAUGCGCUGGUCGACCACGUUUACUACUGGACCACGAUCCCCAAGAACCGACCGUCAUACCACCCGUCACGAGGAGUCAGGGAGGAAGAGAUCACCAAGCUCAUCCAAAAACACCUCAUACUCGAGCCCGACGUCAAGGUCGCCGAGGAAAAGCUGCUGGCCACCGACGGCCUUCGCAAGUUUUGCAAUGCGCUCAAGACGGACAAGGAGAAAGACGACUUCCGCCGCCACAUGCGCCGCUACAUGAACCUCUACCUGCCCGACUGCCCCUUCGAGGUCUCGUCCACGAACCGCUACACCAUCUUCACCCACGAGGCCAGCAUCACCGCCCGCCGCUUCAUCAAGCGCAACGAGACCAUCAAGUACCUGUGUGGCAUCCAGGUCGUCAUCACUCCGGAGGAGGAGAAGGAGAUCUCGCGCCGCAAGAAGGACUUUAGCAUCGUCGUCAGCUCCCGCAGCAAGAGCACCAGCCUGUUUAUGGGCCCCGCGCGCUUCGCGAACCAUGACUGUGGCGCCAAUGCCAAACUUAUGACGUCUGGCACGGCCGGCAUGGACAUCGUGGCCACGAGGGAUAUCGCCGUCGGCGAGGAGAUUACGGUGACCUACGGCGAGAGCUACUUUGGCGAGGACAACUGCGAGUGCCUGUGCCAGACGUGCGAGGGCAACCUCGCCAACGGGUGGGCACCGGAGGAUGGGCAGACGGUCGUCAAGCGGAGUAUUGAAGAGGAUGCGGCAGCUGCCCAGGGUUAUUCGCUCAGGCGACGGAGGACAUGCGACAGCGCCAGCGCCAGCCGAUUUCUAUCAGAUACACCCUCGGUCACUCCAGAUAUCCGGCCGAGGAUACGCAAGACCCGUAUCAAGGACGAGGGCCAGCCGUCUGCUGCAGACUCACCCGCCCCAGGGGUGCGCGGCGGGCUGCUCUGGAAGCGUAAGCGAGGACUGGAUACCCCGGCCACGCCUCCUGUCACGCCUGCCAAGAGGCAGAAGACGACACAGUACGAAGUUGAGCCGAUAACUCUCCCCUCCAACUCGCGUGGUAGCUCGGCCGAUAGUCUCGGUCGCACCACCUCGACGACCGGAUCUACGACGGGCGAAGCUGCUCUCACAGAUGCCACUACGCCCGAACAGGAGACGCCGAAACCCGUCAUCCAUUCGCCGAAGCCGACACCCAUUAAGCGAGAGAUUCAGGUGCUCAAGCAAGAAACCGAGGCGGGAGCGGCGACGGUCUCGUCCGGCGGUGACGGGCUGCCGAGCCCACGACCGCGGCGGAGGACGAUGCUGAGCAUAUCAGAUCUUCUCCUGCCGUCGGACUCGCCGCCAAUCAAGGCUAUUCCGUCACCACAGGGCGUGAAGGUACCCGCCAUCCCUCUGCUGACACCCUCGUCCUCCAUGGUCGAGUCAGUCGAGGCGACAGGUAGUGCAGCGGACGCCACCCCAGUGGAACCAGUACGGCGUGGCCGUGGACGUCCCAGGAAACACCCCAUCGCCCCGGCGAACAACCCCGAUUCUCAGUCUACAUCCACCAAGAAGCCUCACGAAAUACACCAGACGAUCCAUGACGAGGAGCACAACGAAGAUGACGACGAGCAGGACCCCUCGUCGCCCGACGGCAAGGCCAAGAAGCGCCGCGUGCCGGGCGACUACACGCUGACGCACGUGCUGCUCUCGGAGCCCGAGUCGGCGUGGAUCUACUGCAUGAUCUGCAACUCGGCCUUUGUGCAGCAGAACGCCUACUACACGCGGUCGUCGUGCCCGCGGUGCGAGCGCCACUCGAAGCUGUACGGGUACAUCUGGCCGAAGCGGGAGCCCGAGGGCAAGCACGACCGGGAGGAGCGGGUGCUGGACCACCGCACGAUCCACCGGUUCCUGGACCGCAGGAACGAGCUGAAAGUGCGGGGCAGGCAGAUUCCGGCGGAUCUGGAGGACAAGGACGAGGAGGGCCCGGAGGAGGUGGAGCGCGGGGUGGUUAUGAAGCGGGAGGUCAGGGUCACGAAGACGACGAAGACGACGAUGACGACGACGACGACGACAGCUGCGAGAAAGAUGGCUACGGCGAAGGGGGCCAGGGCUGCGGCGGCGAAGAAAACUACUGUGAGGGUUGCCACCAAGACCAAAGCGAGCAGUGCCACCACCGCCAGGAGCAGGGCCGCCGCGCUGCGCAAGACGCAGUCCAUGCCGGCGAUGAAGCAGACCGUCAUCGCGACGACGGUGUUGAAGCGCGGGCGGGGCCGGCCGCCCAAGAAGCGCAAGAGGGAGGACGAGUACGAGGUGCCCGACGACAGCAGUGAGGAACAGCAAGAGCUUGCUGCCGAGUCUGACGAGGAGGAGGACGAGGACGACUCGGACGAAGAAGAGGAGUCCGAAGGGGACGAGUACAAGCCCCGGAAUACUGCUGCCGCCGGCGGUGAGGACAGCAGCCCGCGGCGGAGCGGUCGGGCGCGGAGGGCGAGCGCCAAGGUCGCGAGGGCGUUUUAG